AUGACGUCGUUGAAAGCCUAUGAGCCCUAUGUUGAUGAGCUCAUCUCCAAGUUCAUAAAAGUUUGUGAGGAACACGCUGAGAAGAAGCAGGUGCUGAAUUUGAGCCGCUGGUGCUACAACUACUGCUUCGACGUCGUUGCGAAACUGUCUCUGGGCAAACCUCUCGGCUUUCUCGAUGGAUAUGACACGUAUGGUCUGUAUGAAAAAGUCAAGCGAUUUGGGGCAUACGUCGCCAUCGUCUCCCAAAUGCCCUGGCUGCACAAGGUCGUCCAAGAAAAUUUCGUGAUGAGGCGCUCGAGGCCAUCGCCGUUUCUCAAAGUUGUGUCUGAGAUUGUCAACGAACGUGUCUACCAAGGCAAAUCUGAUACCCGACCAGACCUGUUGUCUUAUUUCGUCUCCACACAUGAGCAACAGCCUCAGCUCAUGACAACAAAGCAGGUCGCGAUAUCGGCCUCAGGGAACCUGAUCGCCGGCAGUCUCAGCCCCGGGAAGACUUUCCACGAAAUGUGCAAGUACCUGGCGAGCAACCCAGCCUCGCAGGACAAGUUGUACGCGGAACUGAAAGAAGGUGGAUGCGGACCGUUUCCGACUUUUGACGAACUUCAGGAACUGCCGUACCUAUUGGGUGUUGUCAAAGAAGCCUUACGUCUUCACAGCUCUGCCUCAUUCAAUCUGCAGCGAGUCACUUCUUCGGCGGGUUUGCGGCUGCCCAAUGGCGUGUUUAUUCCAGGACAUAUUAAUAUCGGCUGUCCAGCUUCUCAAAUCAACCGGGACCGCCAUGUAUUUGGUCAGGAUGCCGAUGUAUACAUCCCGGAGAGAUGGAUGAAGAGAACGGCUGAGACUAACGAGGAAUAUCUCGAAAGGAAAGGAUUUAUGGAGAAGACGGAGCUCACUUUUGGGCAGGGAUCUCGGACGUGCGUUGGCAAGAACAUAUUCGCCUUGGAGGUGUACAAAGUCGUGGCUACCUUAGUGAGCCUCUACAAGGUACGUAACGCCACUCAUUCCUGA